GUGGCUGGCUGGGUGCCGCCUUGAACCUUCCGGGAGGCGGGGAGGGAGGGGUGGCGGUGAAAGAAAGCUUUGGCGACAAGGGAGGGGAUGCCUCUGAGAAAAGUAGCCGGGCGUGUCAUGUCGGGGCUGAAGCGGUGGUCAGGAGGAGUCGUAGCGCCGUCAUCUCUUCGCCGGAGGGGUGUGGUUUCGGGCUGCAUGGCGUGACUUCGGGAGGAUGCUGUGAAGGCGUGAUUUCGACUGCCCAGUGACAACUUUUUAAAAGAAAAGAGAACAUUUGGGACCCCAAGAGCCCAGCAAUCUGCAGAAAGAGGAAGCCCCCUGUUAAAGCAAUCUUGACAGACAUCCAUCCAACCUCUACUUAAAAACCUCCCAUGAAGAAGAAUCCACAGUUUCCUGAGGCCAUCUGUUCUAUUGCUGAACAACUCUUAGCAUCAGAACCUUCUUUUUAAGCUCCUGUCCUGCCUUCCUGAAAGCUGACACCAUGACCCUGACCAAGGGCUCCUUCAUCUACUCCAGUGGGGAGGAAUAUUGUGGGGAAUGGAAGGAAGGACGCCGGCAUGGUGUUGGGCAGCUGACAUUUGCUGAUGGCAGCAUUUAUCUGGGACACUUUGAGAAUGGUCUCUUCAAUGGCUGUGGGGUGCUCACUUUUGCAGAUGGCUCCAGGUACGAAGGGGAAUUUGUGCAGGGGAAGUUUAAUGGUGUUGGAGUCUUUACACGCUAUGACAACAUGAUCUUCGAGGGAGAAUUCAAGGGCGGACGUGUCGAAGGCUUUGGGCUUCUUACAUUUCCUGAUGGCUCCCACGGGGUCCCCCGUAAUGAAGGCUUCUUUGAAAACAACAAAUUAUUGCGACGGGAGAAGUGCCAGGCAAUUGUGCAGCGUGCACAGAGUGCCUCCAAGUUGGCACAUGGCCUCACAGCAUGACGGGGGCAAACUCUAAAACACCUGACCCCAGGACUCUCCUAUGAACUACAGCCUAGUCAGCAGAUUGGCAGAAGCAUGGAGUGCAAGAGUCACCAAGAUAGACAACAUCUCUAGGAGGCAGAUGAUCUCAACUCAACCUCACUCAGCUGGGCAGUCUGCCUGGGUGGACAGCUUGCCCCAGAGUGUGAGCUAGUGCCAAACCUCAACUACAGAGCCUGUUUUUUAAUACAUAUAGACUGUUUGUCAUUUCUAAGGCAGUGGCAUUCCCUUGAUUCCCAUGGGCAGUCUGCUAAUGCUAUAGCCCCACAGCUGUGACGGGCACAAUGAAAUCUAUACUCCCUACCCCAUCUACUACGAGGAGCAAGGAGCAAAUCACUCAUGUAUGUUGUGAGGCUUUACAAAGAUACUCUUACAUCUUUCCCCACUUUCAGACUAUUGCAGCUGGUAGGUACUAAAAACAACCAGAUUGUCCUUAUUUUCCAGGGGCAGAAUGCUCUUGUUUGAAACUUGCAUUUAGCAGUUUCCUAUUCCACUCAAUGGUCCUAAUCCUCUAGUUGCCUCCUUCCUGCUCCAUGAAGCAAGAUGUUCCUUUCCUUAUCCAAAUAAUAAUAAUGCAGAAUUGCAACAUUGAUUAGAAUUCUAGACCUCCUGGAUACGAUUUCCCCCAGCUUUGCAGAUCAGUAUGAUGAAAGCAGGUUCAGCUGUAAUGUCUGCUCCAGAAAAUACCUGGGAUCUCUUUACAUUUUUUUUCUAGUUGUCUUAUGCUUCAUCCUGUUUGUGAGGGACAGUAUGAAUAUUUGGGGUGGUAUUGGGGUAAAUGAGCAUUUCACAGCUGUCCUCCUUUCCUUGGGAUCUUUAUUGAUUGACCUGGAGGGUCUAGGAGGUGAAAACCUACUUUGCCUCCAAAGCUAUUGCAGGGCAUCCAUGCACCACAGUGCUACAUAACACAGGCUUGUGCACAUGCUGCAUUUCCAAGAUCAAUCUACUGCAGCAAGCAAACCUGAAUGCAGCACUCACUAUCAUUUAUAUAAAUUAAAACAAUUGGCACAUCAGUACUGUUGGUAAUCACAGGAAAAGAUAAAUGGCUUUGCAAAAGAUUAAUUCUUUAGGCCCUAAAAUUUCUGUAUUGUUCUCAGUACCUUCCUCCUGUCUUUGGAGUGCUUUUCAUGGGUGUUGCACGAAUGUUUUUAAGCCUAUCCUUGCUGCCUCAGUAGCUACAAAAAUGAUUUGAAAAUAGAAUUAUUUUUUAAAAAAAUUAUAUGCUAACCUGUUUCCCAUACUAUAUAAUAUAUAAUUGUAAACACACAGUCCUGCGAGUUCCCCAAAUAAGCAGUGACCUUUCGCAUUUCAUUCACUAGGUCCAAAGAGACAGCUGCUCCCAGAAAUAGUGAUUUUAAAGGAACACAUUUUGUCCCAUCAGAAGAAUUUUUAAUCUGUCUCAUUGGAACUAUUUGAUAAGUUUAUGAAGGAAGCUUUGGAAUAAUUUAUGGUAUUAAGAUAGCAGGGUUAUCUUAGUAUCAGAGAUUACUGUAUAUCCCAGGUUCUCUAACCAUUAUGGCCAUGGGCCAUGCUAGCUAAGAGUUUCUUUGCCAAGGUUUACCUAAUGCAUGAGUACAAAUUAAGCUGGGUCAAAGAGGUACAUGGAGAAAGCAACACUUCUGAGGUUCCUUGCUGGAGAAAUAGGCUAACUGGAAGUGCAGAACUGGAGGAAUAUAAGGGGAAGCUAAUUGUUGUGAGGAGAUAGGAAGCGAGACAGUAUAUAGCAGGAUGAAGGCUGAGUUGGGAUUAAGAAAGCUACCGUUGCUGCCCAACCACUUUGUGUUUCUGUGCACUAAAGUGAAGCAUGGGAUUGUUUAAAGACUGGGGGGGUGUUCUUAGCCAAGCAUUGACCUGCAUUGUAUGUGUCCCCAAGUGCCAUGCUGGAGCCUUGCGUGACCAGCUCACAUCCACAAUGAAUGUCUGUGUGUCAAUGCCACCCUCGUGCCUUUGUGUCUCUGCCCAUGUAAGGGCCUUGGCCAAAUAAACAGUUGCUGGAUCUCUGCCUCGUUGUCUUUUUCCCCCCCAUAGGGAUGACAGAGCAGUAAGGGCAGGGUGUGUUCAGCUUAUAUAGAAGAUCUUU